CAUAAUAAUAAUGGCAACAACCCAAUAAGAAUUGCUCCAAUAACUCUAUGAUCUAAGAAACGAAUUCAACGAGCAAUUAAAGAAGGUCCAAGCUGCUCCAGAAGUAAGAUAAAUAAUUAAUUGCAAGAAUCAAGGAGAAAUAGUAACAUUGCAAGAUCAAAAUAGAAGAUAUGCCUAUAGAAUAGGUCACCUUACAAAGGCCGUUGAUGAAUUGAUUCAAUCAGAAGUAACAUCUUAAUCAUAAUUCUAGAAUCAAUUACAAGCAGAAAAUGCCUAAUUAAAAGCCAGAAUUGCUGAGUUAGAGAAGAAAUGAAUAACAU